GCUACAGAAAUAAGAGAGACACCGUAUGCGUUGAAUCCAUUGCAAUGCGAUGCCCUAAACUAGGUGCUUCAUCAAUAGCCGACCCAUCAUUGAGCACACCGGCAUCCACGAUUACAAAAGCAACCUUCGUUGAGGAUAUCAUGGAUGAGGACACCAUUCCUGAGCUAGGUGGUUCAUCAAUAGCCGACCCAUCAUUGAGCACACCAGCAUCCACGAUUGCAGAAGAUGAUAUGUCAACCUUCCUUGAGGAUAUCAUGGAUGAGGACACCAUUCCUGAGCUAGGUACUUUGCCACCAGCCCAAACAUCAACGACCAUGCCUGAAUUCAUCAUUGGAACUGAUGAUGAUGUUCAAAACUUCAUUAAUGAAAUCAUGGAUGAGGACACCAUUCCCGAAGAGGAUAUGGAUGAGGAGUAUUAUCUUUUUGCCAGUGAAGUAGGUGGGCAUAAUAACGAGGUGGUCAACCCUGAUGAAUCAGUGGAAACCUCUGCUGCUGUAAAUAGUGCCCCAGAUCCGUACGAUUAUGUCUACUCAGACAUCCCAAAAAAAACGCACGUAUUAAAGCCUGUGCCAGACUGUGAAUACUGUGGUGCAAAGAAAUUCGAAUAUGAGGUGAAGUCAUUCUGUUGUCGCGAGGGAAAAGUCAGAUUAGUAAACCCAGAACCGCCCCUAGAACUCCGAAGGCUUUGGUCAAGCGAAGAUACUGAUGCAAAGCAUUUCAGGGAUAACAUUAGGUUCUUCGAUGGACAUUUCUCCUUUACUACCCUUGGUGUAUACAUUUCGGGCACAUGGUCAAAUAUACCACAACAUACACUCAUUUGGUUCAACUGAUUCAAGUCCCAGUCAUCUGCAAUUGUACUUCUAUGACAAUGACCAAAGUCUGCAUCAUCAGUUUCGGCACUCCCCUAAUCUCGACCA